UUCUGGCGCAGAGGACAAGAGCGCAUCCUGGCCAAGUACCCCGCCACCGCCAGGGCCUUUAUCCAAAGCCAGCCACGCGCGCGCUCACAGCAUCACCUAUGCGCGCGUUUGCCCCGAGCUCCGACGCCAAACUCCAGACGGACAGCAUCUAGCUUGCCCGUCCACCACCGCACGCCAUGAGCGCCGGCGACACGCUCGAACCGCACGCCAUGAGCGCCGGCGACACGCUCGACAAGCUCGUGGUGUUCCUCGCGAAGCGCGAUGGCAUCGACAAGCUGGUCAAGACGUUCCAGUACGUGUCCAAGCUGGCGCACUGGGGCGCCGAGUCGUCCCGCCCGGAGUUCGCCAGGCGCGCCAAGAGCUGGGAGACGGCGUCCGGGCUGAGCCGCAAGGCGUUCCGGUCGGGCCGCUUCCUGACCGGCUUCAACAAUCUGCGCCGCGCCCCGCCGGGGGAGUUCGGCGCGCUCGCCGUGCUCGCCAACGCCGGCGAGAUGGUCUACUUCUUCUUCGACCACUUCACGUGGCUGUCCCGCGUGGGCGUCCUCGAGCCCUGGCUGGCGCGGCGUUCCAGCUUCAUCUCGGCGUUCGGCGAGUCCGUCGGCUACGUGUUCUUCAUCGCCAUGGACCUCAUCAUGAUCAGGCGGGGGCUGAGGCAGGAGCGCAGGAUGCUGAGGGAAGGCGGCGGCGGCGGCAAAGACGCGGACAGGGAGAAGGAGCUGGGCAACAUACGGAUGGACAGGGUGAUGCGGCUCAUGGCGACGGCCGCCAACGCCGCCGACCUCAUCAUCGGCAUCGCGGAGGUCGAGCCCAACCCGUUCUGCAACCACGCCGUCACGCUGGGGAUCAGCGGGCUCGUCUCCGCGGGGGCCGGCUGGUACAGAAACUGGCCGUCGUAGAAUGGGCCGGUUCGGACCACGGUCGUAUUCGUCCCUCCUCCUCCCUUUGUACCCGCAUGAUGAUUUUGCCAGGAUUUGCGUUGUCCAUUUGGCUAAGCAGGCAUAACUCAUGAUUCAGGAAUACCACCAUGGCACCAUGUAAUACUGCGAUCUAUCCAGAAUCGAAAAUAAAUACUGAACAUAGCGUCAAUAGUGCA